AACGAAAACAACAAGCUAUGAACGAACAAACGCAAUCCAAAGACAUUCAUCUAAAAAUGCCUCCACGAACUUCAAUUGAAUCACAAAAUUUUGAACCACCCAUGACAAGUAGUGGUGACACGGGAUUGUCAGGACCUCACCGAACCCCCUUACCACCUCCACACCCUGGGCUUGCUUUGGGGUUCAGUCAAGGCAAUUUUACGUAUGAUGAAUUAGCCACAGCAACCCGUGGAUUUGAUAGGUCUUUGCUUUUAGGACAAGGUGGGUUUGGUUAUGUGUAUAAAGGUGUGUUACCUAAUGGAAAAGAGAUAGCGGUGAAGAGCCUUAAAGCCGGUAGUGGUCAAGGAGAACGUGAGUUUCAAGCAGAAGUUGAGAUUAUUAGUCGUGUACAUCAUCGCCAUCUUGUAUCUUUAAUUGGAUAUUGUAUCGCGGAUGAAAAAAGAAUGCUGGUUUAUGAGUUUAUACCCAAUCGAACUCUCGAAUACCAUCUUCAACGUAAGGGUCGGAUCAUUCUUGAUUCCUCUACACGGUUAAAGAUUGCAUUAGGAGCGGCUAAAGGUUUUGCUUACCUUCAUGAAGAUUGUAAGGACUCUUUCUUUUCGUCAUGUGGAAUUCCCAGAAGUGGCACAAUGGAUGGGUUAGUAGGUUGGGUAAUGGGUCGAAGCCAGUUUGGGUUAAUAUGGGUAAACUUUGUCUGGGAUGGGUGA